AUGGAUUCGCCUUCAGAAUCACCCAUGGAACAGGAGGAUAUUCCCUACCCUUGCAAGGGCUGUGGAGAAAUACUUGAGGAAGGAAAAGCAUUCGAAUUAGAUCUGGCGAUUCUGACAGGCGACCAGGCAUUCUGUGCCAAUUGCUUCAAAUGCCGAAACUGCAAGAGGAGGAUUGAAAACCUCCGCUAUGCCCGAACCUCCCAGGGUAUUUUCUGCAUGGAUUGCCAUGAGUCGCUCAUGCAACGACGUCGCAAGAAAAAGACGGCCGCGAAGAAACCCAAUGCCAUAUAUGACAAGUCGCUUCCUUCCUUGCCUCCGAGCUUGAUGGAAAGUCGUGAAGAGAAGCUUCCACCGAGAGAGUAUUCCGCUUCUCCCGAUGUUCCUUCCCGGAAUUAUGUUUCAGAAGAACGAGGCUCCAGCCGUGGUCCGGCUGAUGCCUCGCCUGCUCCACAGCCAGAGCAACCUCCAGCUCAAGACAAUCUUAUCCUCCCGUCAAGUGCGUAUCGCCCUGAUUCUCACAAACGUCAGUCCGCCAUGUCUACAAAGUCGGAAGUGGAUGCCGGGGAUGAAUUUUUGAUACCAGUCGCGUUCGACCCAACUCCCGACGAGCGCGUGUCACCGCAUAGCGAAAGCAUACCGGCUUCAGAUGGCCCACGUUCUGCGCCGCGAGAUUACUUCGACAAUUCGAAACCAGCGUCAUCCUCUCGCCAGGUCUCGUCCGAUCGCACACAGACCACACAAUCACCCUCCCCUCAUAUUGCCUUCCAAGAAAAGGGACGCCUGCCUCUACAAGCUGAUCAGAGUCGAUGGCGCCAGCAAGACUCGACGUCAAAAGUGGCUCAUAGCAAGACUGAUGGCAGCGACGGCUUCAGAUUGCAGGAAGCUCCCAGAGGAAGAAAGUCGGCAUCAAACCGUAGUUCCAAGUCCGAUCUUAGCGGGGCGAAAGAAGGAGCAUCCAUUUCGACAAGCUCACCUGGAGCUGGUGCUGCAGCACCCACAGAUUCUUCCAGAGCUCCUCAGACCUUUCCUGAAAGACAUACGAGCCCUCCCGUGUCUUCAUCAACGCCAUCAGUGCGAUCGCCCGACCAAACUCGCAACAGUAAUACCGAAAGUGAACCUGACCGAGUGGACACUAGCAGGUCUAUCCCUAAAUCCAACACAGUGCAAUUUCCGCCCAAGCGAGGAGACUCACUGGAGCAUUAUGUUUCCAGCCAGAUCCAUCGCAAGGACGUUGGAUCUGGUCCCAAAUCUGCACCCAAGGUUGGUGAGAGAACUGUGAAUACUGGAGCGGCGUCUAAAAAUGACUCAAAGGAUUCACCUGAUAUAUCCCGUUCGUUGACUCAUUCACAAGAAGGGACAGAAGAGUCAAAGGACGUGUCUACAAAUAUUAAUGAUGCGCCCGUUUCCUUGGACAACCAUCAUACCCGCAACGGGUCGAAUAUUCCUCCUCCCUCGGACAUCCAAAACAAUCUCAACUUAUCGCCUAGGUUAUUGCGUUACAGUGGCGGCGGUGAUUUCUCAUUGGACGAGGAAAUGUCUAGGAUUCUAGGCGUAGAGAUUCAACCAGACACGAGCGAAUCUUUCAUGAGACGAGUUUCGAACUCGGUGCGCCAUGGCCGGAGUUACAGUGACAAGGGCUCCCGCAUGUCAAAGGACGGCAAGUGGCCCAGGUCUCCAGCCAAUGGUGGCACUUUUGCACAUGACAUCAGCAGCCCUACCAGCCCUAGCUCUCCUGAAGAACUGGAAAAUGUCAGUUGGCUAAAGAGCGAACUGCGGAGAGAGCGCCAGCGUGCAGUUGAAAAAGACCAGAAAAUUGCAGAGCUUGAGAAGGCAUUGAAUGCUCAGGCAGAUGUGAAACAAGCUAACAGUGAACUACGCGAGAAGCGUUCAACUAUGGUUGUUCUGGAUACUAAGAAGGAAGUUGUGAUGCGUGAGCUAGCAGUAAUCACAGAACAUCUUGAAACCGAGAAACAUGGUGCUGCCCCUAUGGAUCUGGCAAAGUUGACAAACAAUGUUGUUCGUGGGUUUGCAGAAAAGCUACAGCAGCUCAAGGACUCAUACGGCCCACAGAUUGAAGAGCUCAUGCAGAAAAAGAAUGAGAUUGUGGAGGAAGUGGCAAAUCUUUCACGCAUGAAGGACAAGAGUUUCCAAGAAUUUGAGCAGUUGUCGUCAAAGAAUGCCCAGCUAGCAGAACUGAAUAACCAGCUCGUCAAUCAAAUACAAGGACUCUACAAAGCCAGCUCGACCACUGAUUCGUCCCGCUCCACGAACGGACUGGGCAUCUACUCGCACAACAAAGAGAGAUCCACGAGCUCGGUUGAUGGCACUAAAUCAAGUGACCUUGCGACUUCGGUUUCCACCAUGACGAUUCAUGAUGAGGUCGAACCUGCCACCAUUGUUCCUGGGCCGCAGGUUGUCAGUAUUCGCAAAGGACAAGUGCGCAAGUUCAACUGGAAACGAGGUGGUCAGUCGGUUGCCAAGGGUGUCAGCAAAGGUCUUAAAGCCUUUGCAGGCGAGAAGGAGAUGAUGGCUGCCGAUGGCACAAUUCAAACUGUCGAGGGACCAGCGCCACUGCCUCGCUCUCAAACGCAGGAACCACGGUUUGGUUUCUUUGGGAACCAGAAGAGACAAGCAGCGUGGAAAAAUCAACAGAAUGGCAGCUCACCAGCACUGGGCGAUAAUGCGUCUCUGAACAGUGAUAGUCUUUUUGGAGUCGACUUGGAACAACGAUUAGAACAAGAGAAAAGCAUCAUUCCUUCUGUGGUCACACGCUGUAUUCAAGAGGUUGAGCUGCGAGGAAUGGACGAAGAAGGCAUUUACCGAAAAUCGGGGGCUUCGACUGUCACUCAGAAUAUCCGCGAUGGUUUUGAGCACGCAAAUGACUUUGACAUUUCCGAUCCAGAUCUGGACAUCCACGCCGUGACAUCAGCUCUUAAACAGUACUUCCGCAAGCUGCCCACGCCGCUGAUUACAUACGAUGUCUACGAUAGUGUUCUUGAAACCAAUGAUGUUUCCGGGCAACAGAGUCGCAUCGAAGCUCUACGUGCAUCUUUGGAGGGGCUUCCACGCGUUCAUCGCGACGUGCUAGAGUUCCUUAUAUUUCAUCUUAAGCGUGUCGUAGAGCACGAAAAGACGAAUCUCAUGACCAGCCAGAACAUUGCCGUUGUCUUUGCUCCAACUAUCAUGAGACCAAUAGACAUUGCACGUGAGAUGACAGACGUCCAAAAGAAGAACGAAGCACUGAAGUUCCUCGUGGAAAAUUGUCAAGAAAUCUUCAUGUAA